AUGGUCAUAUUUCGUUUCUUGGGACAGCUGGUUUGGGACAAGGACUUCUACAUCAUGGCGCAAGAGAUCUUUGCAGAGCUUUGCGAGGUUGUGGAUACGAGGCCCACUUACAUCGUGAAUGUUGCCAAGGGGGAUGUUCGCAGCUUGCCAGUGGCUUUCGCUGCCCUGGCGGAUGUGUCGCUUGCGGAACCCGAUGCAACUUUCGGUUUCCCCGAAGUGCGAGUCGGUGGUAUGCCUGCUUGCGUCACCGUUGCCAUGCGGAAGCGAGUUUCUGACGACUACAUCAGGAAGAUGAUUACGGACGGGCUUCCAAUAGAUGCCAGGGAGGCUCAGCGAGUUGGUUUGGUCGACUUUGUCGGUGAUGUGGAGAUGGAGCUGUCGCGCAUCAUCUUCAGGAAUUGCAAGCCCAAGGUGACGAACGUCAUGUACAGACCUGACUGCGAAAAAGCCUGGCGGGCCCAAUGA